AUGGAGGACGUCGAGUACAAGGGAACAGUAAAACUUCUCGCUAAAGCACAAGUUCCUUUUUACUUCAAAACCAACGACAAAGUUGCUUGGAUAAUACGCGAAGAUAUAAACCUUGCAGUUAUUGUACGCACCUCGGAUCGGCUGGAAGAUGAUUAUUCACCAGGAGCUACGAGAAGAGUCGACGUCUGUUUAAAAUUUCUGAACUUGCAAAGCGGAGAUAUUGAAAGUGAAUUUUCCUAUAACUUGGUCUUUCGUUGCACUGUGCUUGAAAUUGUUUGCGAUUUAACUGCGACUUGCGAUUAUCCUUUGUUGAACGUUUUCGCUCGUUUGGAAGAUUUUCGAAUUUGUGUUCUUGUGUUCUCAUGCCCUGACUCUGAUCACAAAGAUGAAAAGCUCCACAAAGAAAUGGAACUGAUAUUAGACAAGUGUAGGCGACAGAAUAGCAAUAAUUUUCAUUGGGGAGGGAGUGUCAACUUCAUGAAAGUGUCAGCGUUGCGGAGGGGUCGCUACUGGCUCGGUGUAAUUUUAAACGGUGGGCAAUUCAUAUUGUUGGAAUUCGCAGUCGAAGAAAAGAAAUCAGCUGAGAUGAAUCGUCUUCAAAUCCAUUGUGUGCGUCACAUCAGAAGUGAUGAAAUGGAGUUAAUGAAUCAUCCAUUCUCGUGGAAGUUGCUUGAUUUUAACCCUGAUCAGAAGAGUAUAGCCAUCAUAGGCAGGGGUUCCUACGUGUUUUUCAUUGGUCUGGUUUUUAUCGACGUGGAGUCUUUCACAGUUAUUGCAGAGACACAGCUCAAAGGCUAUCACUUUGUAGCUGACGCAAAAUAUUCUAAAAGUGGAAAUUUCUUUUUUGCACUGUGUAGUGGUCAACGAAUAAAAAUGCCUUCAAACGAUGAAAAUCAAUCAGUGAUGGAUUUUGAAGAUUGUAAGUCAGUGUUAAUUUGGGACACUUGUGGCAAUCUUCUGCAGAAAGUGAACAUUGAAGGACAUUUGGCAUCUUCAGUGUAUGAGUUCUUUCUAUCGCCUUAUGAUAACUAUAUUGUGAUUCCCCAAAGUGGAACUGACUCUAAUAAGAGACAAUUUGCAGUCUUUUUGAAGCAUGAAGUCAAUCUUUCAAAGCAGGAGGCUGAAUUUGAUUCUGAAGAACUUUUACAAAUGGAUCAUAGGAAAGGAACAGACAAUUACACAAGUUGUACAAUUUCUCCAAAUGGACAUCAGCUUCUGGUCACUCACUGUUGUAAUGUGAACAUGGAAGAUCGAAGCCAAGACAUCUCUAAUCUGUUAGUAUUCAAAAUGAAUGACUCCCCUGCUAAGUUAAGGGUUCUUUGCCGCAUGGCAGUAAAGAAAAACUGUGUUGUACAAAACCUAAGGCAACAUGAUGUCCCUAAGGAAAUCUUGUCAUAUUUAAAUUGGUGUUAA